AUGCUGAAACGACUAUGGUUUCAUUCAUGGAGUUUGUCUGAAUUUCCUUCUAAUGACUCAAUUAUUUCUCACAAUGAGAACCAAAGCAAUAAUUGUUUUCCAUUCGAUAAUUAUGAAAAUUGGUCAUCACAACAAAAUUCUACGCAAGACCAAACUGUCGACAAAAACAACAAUGAUGAUGAUGUCUCAGAUGUUGGUUCAGAUUUAAGUUAUGAUUCCGUAGACAGUAAUAUCACUACAAUUAGCGAUGAAUUACGUGCUAUUGAAGCUGGACAAAAAUUUUUCAAGCUCUCAGAUAGACCUGUUGAAGAUCAGAAAAAAAUAUUAACAAGUGCAAUAAGUAGCAACGGUUUAGAAUUGAUUUUCAGUUUGAUACAACACAAAUGUAUAAUAAUUUUUGCAUUUAUGAUUUGUGUAGCAUCCUUUUUUAAGUCACAUCUAAUUGUUAAGAAAAGAAAACCAAGGAGUUACUUCAUCAAAAGCAAAUCUCACUUCCAUCAAUUUAAGAAGCCUUAUUUAUCAGCACUCGAUAAUGUUGAACUUUCAAACGAAGAAAUUGCAAAAUUGAAAAAGAGCACAAAAAAAACGAGGAUACCAACCCAAUGUUCAGAAUGCAAAAAUUUAAAAGGACGCAAAGAAUGUGGUUUAUGCAAAGUAUGCUGUUUAAACAAAGGAGGUUGCAAUCAUCAUUUCCGAUAUUACAAAGUCAUUGACUCACUUCAAGACUAUUCAGUUAUAAUUGCAGAUUGUGAAACUACAGAUUUCAAAGUCAGAAGUCUUACUGACUUUUAUGCAGACAAUCUUAGCAACAACAGCACUAUUGAAUUUCCACAAUUUAUUCGUCCUAGAAGAAAAAUAGAAAAAUCAGUCGUAGAAUUGACUAAUAUUUCAAAUGAAAUGGUGCUUAACGGAGUGCAUGAAGAUCAAGCAAUUUCUAGAUUGGUUGCAGAGCUUCCGAAAAAAGCAAUAAUUAUGAUUGCUCACAAUUCUCCAUUUGACAAAGAUGCAAUAUUUAAAGCAUACAUGUAUUGGAGGCAGAAAAAACUCUUGCAAUCUAAUUUCAAGGAAAAUCGGUUGAUAUUUGUAGAUUCUUUAGGAAUUAUCAAACAAAAAUUAUUAGAAAAAUUAGAAAAUUACAAGCUCGGAACAAUAUUCAAAACCUUAUUUGAUCGUGAUAUUGUAGAUCAACAUCGAGCAAAAAGUGAUGUUAUUGCAUUGAAGCAAAUAUUGCAACAUCCCAGAAUAUUCGGAAAUGAUGUAAUUAAUUCUGUGAAACGGUACGUGUCGGAGAUCACAAUCAAAGCCAGAGAUUGUAUUGUAUUUGAUGCUAAUGGUAACAAAUUAUGUAAUGAUGAUUUAAUAGAGACUAGAGUAUUAGGAUUGAUUGAAAACAAACGAUAA